AUGCCUGUUUCCACCUCAGAUGCGCCGGGUUUGAGGCGCGUGGCUCUAACCAGUGAGGCAGCGCGUCUUAUUGAUGACAUGAUCCGCUCAGGGAAAUAUAAGGAGCUGCUGGACGCCAUUAAAGGGUUCCGCAAUGGUUUUGUAUACGGCGCUCGUAUUCGUGCCCCACAUGCCCUUGUACUGAACCUUGUGUGGACCAAUGCCCCAUAUCGUGUGAUGGCACGUAAAAUCUAUCAGGUGACAAAGCGGCACAGCAUUGCGCUUGGCUGUACAAGCCUAACGUUUUCUCUUUUGCGAGCGUUUCUCCGUAAGCUGCAUGGUGGCCCACAAAAUUGGCACAGCGCAUUGGCCGGGUUUUUUGUUGGUGUUAUCUUCUGGGGUGAGCAGAAUCCAGUGACGGUGCAGAUGAGCAUGUACAUGCUGUCUCGCAUUUUGAGUGCCCUCUUAUUUAUCCUUGCGGGGAAGUUUGGAUGGAAAUUUUCACCAGGCGCCUUUCGCAUCUACUCGGGUGUGUUGUGGAUGAUUGUCAUGCCACUCUUCCUUUACUACGGGGAUGCCAUGCAACCGUCGAUGCGCUCUUCCAUGCGGUACAUUUACCAGGACAAUGAGAAGUACUCCAGCUGGUACGAUCUCCUCUGCGUGAACAGCGACACCUCCUUUUAG